GGGGCAGGGAUCGGGGCGAGAGGCCGCCUGCUCUUGCUCUCCAACCUCCCCCCCCAUCCCGCUCUCCGCUGCUGCUGCGGCCGGAGACCGUGAUUCAGACUCUCCCGUUCAUCACCCACUCCGGGGAUGUGUGCACGUGGGGCUGGGCCGGGGCGCGAGUUGUUUGUGAGGGCCUGUUGCUCAUCCCGCGGGAGGGAGCGAAAAGGAGCCGCGGCCAGUGACUUCAUCGCGGCUUCCUGGCCCGCGGCGGGCGCGGCGCGCAUAAAAGGAGCGCUCGGCCGUCAGCGGGAGCAGCAGUCACAGCCGCAGCCGAAGCAGCGAGCGAAUAAGCGAGCAAAAGUGACCCCAGCAAGCAGGAUGCCGCGGCCGCCCGUGCCCAGCGCGACCAGCGUGGCCACCUUGGCUCUGGCCUGCGCGGCGCUAGCGGCCCUCUCCCAGGCUGCGGCGCCCCCUGCCGGGCCCGGCGGCUUGUCCCGACUCUCCACGGACUUCGGCGUGAAGGUCUUCCGCGAGGUGGCGCGGGCCUCCAAGGACCGCAACGUGGCCUUUUCGCCUUACGGCGUCGCUUCGGUCCUGGCCAUGCUGCAGAUGGCGGCCGCCGGGGAGACGCGCAGCCAGAUCAAGGAGGCCAUGGCCUUCGGCGUCAACGAAUGGGGUGUGCCCAGAGCCCUGCGCUGGCUGCAGAAGGCCCUGAUGGACCCAGGCAACAAAGACGUGGUGGGCACGGCAGAUGCCCUUUUUGUGCAGCGGGACCUGGAGCUGGUGCCCGAGUUCAUGCCGCGGUUCCAUCGGGUCUUCCGCCAGAUGGUCAAGCAGGUGAACUUCACGGAGAGUGACCGAGCACGCCACAUCAUCAACACCUGGGUGCAGGACCACACAGAAGGUAUGAUCCGGGACUUCUUGCCUGAGGGAGCUCUGGGCCAGAUGACCCGGCUGGUGCUGGUGAACGCCAUCCAUUUCAAGGGCCUCUGGAAUCUGCCCUUCCCAGAGGCGGCCACUCGGCAGCGCCUCUUCCACAAGCUGGAUGGGAGCAGCGUCUCAGUCCCCAUGAUGGAGCAGACAGCCAAGUUCAACUAUGGCGAAUUCUCCACCCCUGAAGAAGUGGGCUACGAUGUCCUUGAGCUGCCCUAUCAGGGGGAGACCCUCAGCAUGCUGAUUGCUGCCCCCUUCGAGAUGGACACCCCGCUCUCGGCCCUGACCAACAUCAUCAGCUCCCAGCUGGUGGCCGACUGGAAGGGGAACUUGUCCAAGGUGACGAGGCUCCUCGUCCUGCCCAAGUUCUCCUUGGAGAGCGAAGCUGACCUCCGUGGCCCCCUGGAGACACUGGGAAUGAAGGACAUGUUUGAUGCCAGCAAGGCCGACUUCCACAGUCUCUCAGACGAAGAGCCCCUUUUUGUGGCCCAGGCCUUACAGAAGGUGAAGAUUGACAUCAAUGAGAGCGGGACUGAGGCCUCAUCUGCCACAGCUGCCAUCAUCUAUUCCCGGAUGGCCCCUCUGGAGAUUGUGAUGGACAGACCCUUCCUCUUUCUCGUGCAGCACAACCCAACUGGCACCAUCCUGUUCAUGGGGCAGGUGAUGGAACCCUGAACAGCCAGGCCGGCUUGCUCUGCUGGAAUCUCUGGAGCUGGAGGUCUCACUUUGGUCUCCCUCUACGUUUCUUCCCCCCACCCGCAAAGAGGCCUGACACCGGCCAUAAUCUCUUGCCCUGUUGCCGAGUGAGCAGCUAUGCCUGCCACCCUCUUAAGCAGUGAAGAAGCUUCAGGGGCUGCUUUGCUGUGAAGAGAAUCCCUUGGAUCCCUCCACUGCUUCCUGGGAGACCCACCCUGCAGAGAGAUGAGACUUUACCAAGAUGUUAGCACUAUGAUUCUACCUCCACCAGAGCCUUUCAUGAACUGGAGCAGAAGUUGCAUGCAGUGACUGAAAAGCCUUCUGUUGCCAGCCAAGAUGCCAUGCUGCAGAGUGUCACUCCCAAACAAAAGUUUGUUUGUCCGCACUUGGAGGCAAACGGGGGGGAGGGUGGGGGAUGUGGUGAUGCCAAGAGACCCCUGGAUGAUACGCUCCUACCUCACAUUGGACUGGAACCCUGCACAGUCAGGGCUAGUGAUGUCAUUUCAUGUUUACGCUGGAGGAGUCCAGGGAACUGGCCUCCCCUGUUUGUUUUAAAUGCAUGUAUGUACAUGUUUGGGGAGUGAAGGAGGGUUAGGUAAGGUGAAUAGGGGUCCCCUGGCUUCUUUUCCCCCCAUUGGAUAUGAACAGGUGGGAUACAGAUCAGCACUUUGAGUCUGUUUUCUUUCUGCACUGCUAAGAUGGAAGUAUAUUGUAAAGUCAAACAGAGAGGCUUAAUAUAUAUACAUAUAUAUAUUUGCUUAUUAUUUGCACUGAAUGACAUAUGUUGAGGUGGUAAUGAGGGAGGGAGGUGUGAAUGCGCUUCCUUUUUCUGUGUUUGAGAAGGGCACCAGCUCCAUUCUGGGGCUGCUGGAGCUAAUUGUUUGUUAGCCAAAAUGCAGAAACAAACAGAUGCUUAAAAGAGACGAAGAAAUCACAAGUGGCUUAGACCGGAUACAUCUGGCCCUAGUGUGGCCCGUGGCCCAGUUCCCCUUAAACAGAGACCUUGGAUAUGCUACAGAUCCUCUGAUCUCUGUGGAACAAGGCCUAUGGCAGCUGUUUCCCACACCCCAGUGGAAGAGGGCAGGAGGUGCACAAGAGCAAGGGGGAUUAUACCUGUGGCUUCUCCAAGUAAAAGGAAUCCCCUUUUUUGGAAAUCCUGCCACUUUUGAGGCAAGGCCAUGGCCUGGAUGGAUGGCUGUAAAACCUGUCAGAUGCCUCGAGUCUAUGAUUCUGUUGCAAAAGGGAUUGUGGUAACAUUUUGUCGGGCUGAGCCCCAGCAGUUCGUUUAACGGCUGUCCAAUGUUGCCUGAAUUUCUAUGCUUUUGGCAUGUUUGAUUCCCCAGAACAAAUUCCAAUUAAUUGUAAAAUGGCAUCAGAACUGCUGAGCCAGGCAUAUGUGCUCAGGGCAUUUCAGACAAAGUGUGAUGUUUCAGCGAGCGACUUUGGCUUGCCUCAGUAAUCCCCUUAGAUUCUGCUGAGUUGUGAGGGUUCUGGUGCCCCCAAACAAGGUACCUGCAACCAAGCUCCUGAAAUCCUGGCCUUAGCCCAAAUUGGGUGUGUUUAGUUCCUUAUCCAUUAUGAGGGCAGUGAGACAAAUCUAUCUGUGGCAAUGUCCCAGAGCACAGUGACGGGAUUCUGUGUGGUGCUGCACUGAAAUGGAACAAUCUGGAACAAUUUUUAUAGCAAAGUCAAUUUCUGUUUUUGCCAGAAGGAUGAAAAGUGCUAGCAGUUUGAUUUCUAAUUGACUCUUAAGAGGAGUUUCAGGAGCCCACAGCUUCUAGCUGCCUCAUGCCUAUCAGUCCAUUCCUUAAAGUUGAGUCCAGCAUGAGAGACUCCCAAGGGUGGGUGUGUGUGUGUGUGGGUGUGUGUGUGUGUGAGAGAGAGAGAGAGAGAGAGAGAGAGAGGUUGGGUUUUCUCCCCUAGAAUGGUGGCUCCAUAGACUGUUGCCCACUUUUAUUGCCCCACUGCCACGCUGCGGCUUGCACUUAAAAGGACCUGCCUGCUCGUGCUGCCUUGGGAGUCAGCAUUUAUAAAGAGAGAUCAAAUUCUAUUGAGAGACGAGGUUGUUUUUUCACCUUGUAGAAGCUGUACAGAAAUUUGAUUUAUAUUUGUAUAUAUAAAUAUUUCUAUUGGGUGUUUAUUCUGCAUUCUACUUUUGAUAUGAAAUAAAAACACUAAAAUGA